AUGAAAAAAAAUUAUUAGAAUCCUAUUUCUUAAAGCUUUGAUAAAGAAAAUACAAGGCUGAAUGUCCUUAAUGAAUCGAAUAAUGAUCAUCAAUCAAUUUUAUACAAUUAAAUUAAUUAAUCUUACACCUUUCAAAAUAACAUUAAUAAAUUAAGAGGAGGAGGAAAUUCAUAGCCUAAUCCCCAAAUUUAAUAGAAUAGAAAUCUAAAUGAUAUUUUUGAUGAAUAAGAUAUUUUCUAAUAUUUAAAAUAUCACACUAUUCUUCUUCAAAGAAUAUUAGGAAAUUAAAUAAACUAAAAUGGGAGGGAUUAAUUAGAAAAAGUGGUCUAAUGGAUAAAUUCGAAAGGAAUUAUUAAUUAGUUAUUUAAUUAAUGUAGGCUAGAUGAAAGAAAAAUUGCUAUAGUUAUGGCAUCUAUUGACAUUCUAUUAUCAUGUGUAAUAAAUACACCUAUACAGCUAUCUUAUAAUUUGCUAUAAUUUACUCAAAAUCUAUUUCAAAUUCUUUACUAUCAAGAUAAGGUUAUUAAAAGUAAUAUAAUUAAAAAUUUGCACAUUUUUUCAGAUAAUUUAUAAUUAAUUAACUAAAAAUAUCAAUAAUAAAAAGGUUUAGAAAUACUUUUUAAUUACUAAUUUUGUUUGAUAAAAGAUGUAGUUGAUCAUAUAUAAGAUAGAAAAGCAUACAACUUAUAGAAAUGUAUUUUCGAAUAAAAUACAUAUCUAAAGUAAAAUGAUGCAAAUAAUACUUUAAUUUAAGAUGCAAAAAAAUUUCUAUAAAGUGAUAACCCUAGAUAAUUAGAUAUAUUUUACUUUUUUUAAUAAUCAAAAUUAACAAUAAUUAGAAAACUGUUAAAUUAAUAAUAGAUUAUAGAAAUCUAAUAAAUUAUUAAUUAUUUAUGCAAAGUCUAUCAAUUAUGUAUUCAAAAUAAUUAAAACUGGAGAGUACACUUAGGGUUUCUUUAAAUGCUUCUUGAGUUAAUUUCAUAAAAAAAUAGUUUUUUAGAAGAUUUGCAAAAAUUUGAAGGGGAUGAUAUCACAAACAUAAUGUUUAAUGAACUAUAAAAUCAAUUGAUAGAAUUUUAGAUUGAAGAUAAUAUUAAUAUAUGGGAACAUUAUAUUAAGUCAAAAUGGGACUCUACAAUUAAAUGUUAUUUAGCAUUUAGUUUUAUGACAAUUAAAAAAAGUUAAAUAGCAAAAAAUGUAGAAUCAGCUUGCCAAAAAUUUAUUGAUCUAUUUUUAAAUAGUGAUUAAGAUGAAAAUACAAUAAGUGUCUUAAAAAAUGAACAACUUAAUGUUAUUGAGGAAGCUUUUGAACAAAACCUAAAAUAAAAUUAAUAAACUUAUUUAUAUAAAAUAUAUGGAAAUACACAAAUAGAAAAAUUAUAAGAGGAUUUUAUAAAUAUUGAUUUAAAAGUCUAAAGUAACAUAAAUAAUGAUGAUGUAAAAAAACAAUAACAAUCAAAUAAGUCCAACUAUUUAUUUAGGGAAGAUGUAGAUUAAGGUGUUAAAUAAGAAUAGAUAUAUAUAGUUAAUGAUUUUCUUUGGACUGAAAACAACAAUACUGAUGUUCUAUGGAUAAAAGGCAUAGCAGGAUCAGGUAAGAGUUACUUUUUAAAGCGAUUAUAAUUAUUUUUAUUGAAACACUAUCAUUCACAUUCAAAAUAAAAAAAAUGGAUUCCAUUUCUCAUUUCAUUAGAUGCUUUAAAAAAGUUGAAUAAUAAUAAUAUUUGGAGUUUAAUAUUAAAUGCGGAUGAUAUGGAAUUUAGAGAUGAAUUUAUGGGAAUUCUUAGUGAUGACUUAGAGAAUGGAUUAGUAAAUAUUGUUCUACUAUUUGAUGGGUUAGAUGAAAUGAAACAUUAAAUUUAAGAAGUAAACUUAGAUAUCAGUUUAUUCUAAAAAAAAUUAGGUAAAAAUGUAAAAAUAAUUAUUACAUCAAGAAGAGAAGUUUAAAUUGAAAAGUAAUUUAUAGGUUUAUAAUUUUAAAAUUUGACUGAAGUUGAAAUACUAAAAUUAGAUGAAUCAUAAAUUAAUGAAUAUCUUAAAUAAUACUGUAUAGAAAAUACUAGAUAAUAUUUAUAUCAAAUCUAUAACGAUUUUAUAGAUUAAGAAAAAAACUCUAAAAUUUCUAGAAUAAUGUUUAAUGAAUAUUGGCAAGCAUACUUUUUUGAAGAAGUUAAAACUCUUGUAGAAUAAACUAAUAAUGAUAAGUAUGAAAUUAUUUUCACUGAUACUCUAAUCAAUAAUUUUCUUAGCAAAUAAUAAAAAAUAUUUCAAAAUAAUAAUAAUCCAAAAGGAGAUUUAUUAAAGAUAUAGAGCUCUAGCAAACUGAUGAAAAUUAUUAAAGAAAAUCAAAUUUUCGAUUUGAUUUAAACUAUUUAAAUUCUCUAAGUUAUUCUUUAAGUCUUACCAAAUUUAAAUUAAAAUAUUACAAACAAAUUGUAUAGAAAAAAUAGGUUUAAGUGUAUUCUAUUAUAAUUAAAGAAUGAAUAAAUUAAAUAUUUUAAUGAACUUGAAUAAGCUAAAUUAUUUAGUGAAAAAGAUUAUGUUGAGAGGUUAGUAGUCAUAUUAGAAAAAAAUUAAUUUUUUGAUGAAUUUUUAGUUGAAAAAUUAGAUAAAAAUAUUAUGUAAAUUUCAGAGGUCGAUUUUAAUCUAAUUAAAAAUGCCGCAAAAUAAACUUAAUUAACUAAAUAUCAAAUAUAUAAAUUAUUUGUGUCUAAGUAUUAUGAAAUAUAUAUAAAAAAAUUAAAAGACUCAGGAUUCAAUAACAUAAAUGAAAGUUUUACUAAGGAACUAAAUAAAUUAUAAAUGUUUUUAGCUGUACAAAUGAUUAAACAUGAAUGCUUGUUAUUAGACACUUAAUAAGUCUAGAAUAUAUUUUAAUCUUAUUUAAACUAAAAUAAUUUAGAAGAUAAAAAAAAUCUCAUUUUACUAUAUUCAACCUUUAUUACUAAGAUUUAAAAUGGUAGCUUCAUAUUUCAGAAUAAAUCAAUUUAGGAGUAUUUUGUAGGAAAAUAUAUUUUAAAAUUGUUAAAAGAUUUUUCAAGAAAUUUUACAGGAAAAUCAAUUGAGUAAGGUUUGGAACAGAGUUAAUUUAAUUAAAACGAAUUUAAUUUAUCUCUUUUGUAGUUCUCUUAGGUAAUUAAUGAUAUAAAACCUGAAUUAUUAAAUUAUGAAGAUAUCAAAAAAAUCUUGUUAAAAAUAAUAAUCCUAUCAAGAAACGAAGUAUUUAUUAGAGCAGCUUCUAAUAGUAUAUUAUUAUUAAAUUUCUUGGGAAUAGAACUAAUAGGGGAAGAUUUAAGUAGAAUUAAAUUAAGUAAGACUAAUAUCUCUGGUCUAAAUGUAUAUGGAAGUAAUUUGGAUGAAUCUGAGUUUAAUGAAGUAAAAAUUGAUUAUUGCAAUUUUAAUAAUACCAGUUUAUAAAGAGUAAAAUGGACUUAAACACCUUGGAAUGGAGUUAUAGUUUUCAGAGACUAACAUUAAGAAAAAGUGAGUAGUAUAUUAUUCUCACCAAAUGGUUAAUUCUUACUUUCUUAUGGCUCAUCUUAAGUAAAUAUAUGGGAAUUAAUCACUCAAAAAAUAUUUAAGAAAAUAAAAUAUAAUCAAAAUUUAUGCUAUUGGCGGUUUUCAUCUGAUUCAACUAAAUUUUACCUAGGCACUGAGACAUUUUUAUAGAUUUACUGUAUUUAUGGGAACGAUAUAACAUUAUUAAUAACUAUUCCAUUAUAAUUAGGUCAACUGUAAUUGAGAAAUUUUCCAUUUACUUUUUACAAUAAGGAAGAGAAAUUAGUAUAUCGUAGAAAUUCGAAUUUUUAUAGUUAUAAUCUCAAAUCCAAACAAUAAUGGAACAAAUCAAAAAUUGCUGAUAAUUCAAUUAAAUUAACUUCUAUAAAGCUAAUAUCCAAUGAUAAAAUACUGAUAGGAACAAAAGACAGAGAAAUAAAGAUUUGGGAUGGGAUCAUCAAAAACAUCUCAAAAACAAUCACAAAAAAGGAUCACUAAAGUGAAAUAGUAUCACUUUCUGAAGAAACUUUUGACUUAAAAAUAAACUAAUAAGAAAUAUUUGACAAGAAAAGAUAAAUUUCAUUACUCAUAUCAGCUAGUGAAGACUAAGUAAUUGUAUGGCUUAAUGAUCAUGGUUAUGGAUACAAAUAAGUCAAAGCAUUACAUUCACAAACGAUUAAUGGCUAAUUACCAAGAUAUUCAAUUUUUAAUAAAAAACAUUUAGUUUAUAUCAUAAAUGAAUAUAUAGUAUUAUAUGAUCUAAAUUAAAUCAAUAAAUUAGAAGAAGACAUAACAUUUUGUGAUUCAAAUUGCAUAGCCUUUAUUAAUUAUGAAUGGGAAUAAUUUAGAUUAUUAUUUAUUGCUAAGGAAAAUUGUAUUGAGGUUUAUGAAUAUCUUAACAUCUGUAUAGGUGAAAUUCCACUAAAUUAAUGUCAACCAUUGUCUAUGGAUAUUAUCACUCAUAACCUUAUGAUUACUUAUAACAAAGAUAAUACAAUUAGGUUUUGGUCUAUAUGUUCAUAUUAUUAGAAUGAAGAAUAAAAAUUUGUUAGCAAUAAUAUGGAUCCCUUUAGAAAAUAGAAUCCAUUUAGUAGAAGCCGUGUUCUUCAAAGAUCUAUCAAAGGAUUUGUGUAAAAUUUGAAAUAAUCAUAUAAAUAUAAUGAGAAUGAAGGAACAUGCGAAGUUGCUGUUUAGGAGAAUGAGAAAUAGAUUAAUAUUUAUAAGGUCUAAAUAUUUGAGAAUCAAAUAAAAUAUCAUCUGAUUAAAUUGUAUGAAUUUUAAGAGGAUUAAAAAAUUGGUUGUUAUGCUUUAUGUAAUUAUGGGAAAAAAAUCUGUUACUGUGUUGAUAAUAUUAUUACAAUUAAAGAUUUAUAAAAUGAUGAUCAAACCUUACUUGAAUAGAUACAAGAAAAAGACAUUUAUUUAAUUAUGUUUAGUGAAAAAGAAUAAUAUCUUGCUUCUUGUAGUAAUGAUAAUUCUAUUGUUAUAUAUAGGUUUUGUGUUGAUAAAAAAUAAAAAUUUUAUAUGAUAAAAAAUAAAAAAUGUCUUGACUUGUUUUUUGUGAAGGAAGAUGAUAAUGUACUCGUUAUUUAGACUUAAACUUCAAUUAUUUGGUAUAAAAUUAUUUGGAAUAUAGACUCAUAACAAUUACUAGUUUAAGUUUUUAAAUAUCAUGAUUUUGAAUAUGGUGUUCAAAAUGGUAUUUUUGAUUAAUAAAUGAGCAUUGUCUAUCUCAUACCUCAACAAAACUAUAAUUAUAUUAAUUUAUAAUAAGUUCAAAAAGAAUACUUGGCAGUCAAAUAAGGAGAAAAUAUUAUUCUUAAGCCUUUGAUUGUAGGUGAUUAGGCUAAAGUUGUAAUUUUCAAUGAACAAAAUAAGAAAAUAGAAUUUGUUAACGAAGAAUAUAUCAUAUUUUCUGAAGAGUCUUCUAAUAUUUUAGAAAUUAAAAAUGUAAGUGAUAUGUAAGUAAUCCGAAAAUUAGAAUAUUGUGCAUUUGCAAUAAGAGAACGAGAGUAUUUGAUAAUUGCAGUUGAAACAAUAAAGGAUAUAUAGGUUAUUCACAUACUACCAGAAUAAAUAUUUACAACUGAAACUAUUAAAAAGUAAAUUUAAGGAAAGUUACACCAUUUUACUUUAUCAAAUAGUGGUUAUUUCCUAGCAUCAACUUAUAAUUAAGAAAUUACUAUUUAUUAUAUUACUAAAGGACCAUAAAUAAUAUAAAUAUCAAAAUUAUUUAUUGAAAUCGAAAUCAAAGAUAUUCAAAUUUCAGAUAAUUAAUAAAUUAUUAUUCAAAGUUAAGAUGGCCUUUAUUAAUAUAAAUUGAAUGUAGAAGAAGAAUCAAUAUAUUCUAUUGAUAACUAUUUUGGAAAUAAUUAAUUAGUUCAAAAUAAUUAAUCUUAUAAAAUUGAAAUCUUAAUCUAAGGUAAUUAAUUUAUUGAAAAUUACGAUUAUAAAGACACUAAAUUAAAUCACAAUGAUAAAUUGAUAGCUUUAAAAAUUUAUGAUAAAAUCUAUUUUACAUCACUUUAAAGGCCUUAACUUUAACUAAUACUUGAAGCUAAAUUAUUUUGCACUUCAAUUGAUUCGAAGUAUUUUGCCAUAAGUAAUGAUAAUUAAAUAAAAUAUUACGAUUGGUAAGAUAAUAUCAAAAAUAUAUAUAAUUUUGAUUAUAAAUAAGAUCUAUUAUACCUUAGAUUUUUAUAAAAUCCUAAUUAAAUAUUAGCUAUUUCUUCUAAAGAUAUUCAAAUAAUAUAGUGCUAAGAAAAUUAAAUUAAGAAAAUUAGAGGUAGAUAUUAUGUUAGUACACGAGCAUCAGCAAAUUNGAUAUUUAAAUUUCAGAUACUUAAUAAAUUAUUAUUCAAAGUUAAGAUGGCCUUUAUUAAUAUAAAUUGAAUUUAGAAGAAGAAUCAAUAUAUUCUAUUGAUAACUAUUUUGGAAAUAAUUAAUUAGUUCAAAAUAAUUAAUCUGUUAAAAUCGAAUUCUAAGUUAAUUAACUUCUUGAAUAUUACAAUUAUAAAGACACUAUAUUAAAUCACAAUGAUAAAUUGAUAGCAUUAAAAAUUGAUGAUCUAAUCUAUUUUACAUCACUUUAAAGGCCUUAACUUUAACUAUAACUUGAAGCUAAAUUCUUUUGCACCUCAAUUGAUUCGAAGUAUUUUGCCAUAAGUAAUAAUAAUUAAAUAAAAUAUUACGAUUGGUAAGAUAAUAUCAAAAAUAUAUAUAAUUUUGAUUAUAAAUAAGAUCUAUUUGACCUUAGAUUUUUAUAAAAUCCUAAUUAAAUAUUAGCUAUUUCUUCUAAUGAUAUUCAAAUAAUAUAGUGCUAAGAAAAUUAAAUUAAGAAAAUUAAAGGUAGAUAAUAUGCUAGUACACGAGCAUCAUCAAAUUUAGAUAUAGCUAAAAUUGAAAAAUCAAUUAUUUAAAUUUCUAAACCAGAAAUAAAUAUUGAAUUGUAUAAUCCAGAAGAUUAUGAUUUUAAUGCUUAUAAUCCAUAAUUUACAAGUGAUGGACAAUAUAUAAUAUAUGAAUAAAAUAAAAAGGUAAUAUUUUAGAGUUUAUUCAAUCGUCACUCCAAAUAUAGUCCUGAAAAAUUAGAAGGAUAAUACAAUGUAUCAGUUUUACCAGAAAGCAAUUAUUUAAUAAGUUUUAAUCAAUAAGAAUCUCCUCUUUAAGCAUAUUAAAAUUGUGGGUAUAGAAAACUUGAAUAUUAUCUAAAUUGUUGGGAUGUAUCAGAUUUAAGUAAUGUAGAAAAUCUUUUCACAAUACCUAUCCUUUAACAUUAAACAAAAAAAAUUUCGAAUAAACAAUGGUUUAUUUCAGAAAUUUAAAAUAAUAUAUUAUGUUUAUAUGACAUAAAGGAAUUUUAACAGGGUAUCUAUGAUACAAUACUUCAUAAUAAUAACCAAAAAAUUCAUUAUUCUGGCAUUUGCCCUAAUGAAACUAAAUAUUAUACUGUAUCAACAGAGGAUUGGUCGAUUACGAUAUGGAUGAUGAAAAGUUGCAUUCCAUUAAAAUAGUUUAAAGGUCAUUAAUAUUAGAUCUUUUUUAUUGGUUUUUCUGAAGAUGAAAAAUAUAUGAUAUCUAGAGAUACUGAUCAAAUUAUAGUAUGGAAUUUGGAAAAUGAAGAUAAAUUAAUUAUUAAAGAUCCAAAUAUAGAAAAUUAAAGAUUCUUAUUUUAUUGUUCUAAUUUUUCAACUUUUGGUUGGAACAAAUUCAAUAAAUGCGAUUUUGUAAAAUUACAUCACUCUAUUGGAAUUACAAUUUAGUCUCAAGGUUAACUUUUUAUUUAUGAUUUGAAAGAUUUCAAAAGUUAUGAGUUAUUUUAUAAAUUAAUUGUACAUCGAUAAGAAAUCAAAAGUUUUAGGCAUUAUGUUUAUUCAAAUGGUUCUAAAAUUGCCUUAUAUCAAAAAUAAUAGGAUGAAAAAUUCGAUAAAAUUUAUAUUUUAGAUGUAAAAUCAAAACAAAUUAUUGAUACUAAUAAUUUAUAGAGAGAUGAAAUUUUUUAUGGAUAUCAUAAUAUUGAUAAAUAUAUUAAGAUAAAAAUUGAUAAAGAACAUGAAUUUUAUGGUUUAAAUUAAAAAAAUGGCUAUAUUUUUGUAUGCUAUAAAGAUUCGAAUCUUUUAUCAUUAUAUAAAGUCGAAGAUUUUGUAAAUGAACAUGGAUAGCCUAUUAAGGAAGUUUUUAUUCAUCUUAAAAUUGAUUUGAAUGACUAUAAUAGUAGUUUUAUCCAUUUAUGUUAAGUUGGACCAAAAUAUAUAACCUAUUAUUAUAACUCUUAAUUAAGAGUUAUUGAUUUAGAACGUUAUGAAAAAUAAUUAAAAAUCAUUAAAUUGGAUAAAUCUUAAGAAUUCCUUAACAUUUAUAAAUAAGAUUAUAUUCUUUUAAAAAAUAGGGAAGAAUAAACUUUGAAUAUCUAUAACUUAAGAAAUGGUUAGAAUAAUAAGGUUAUUGAUAGAAAUAUAGAUAAAAUGAUUGUAGCUUUUAAAAAUAAUGGUGAAUAACUUGCUUUAGGUUGGGAUGAUGGUAGCAUAUCUAUUUAUUAUAUAUAUACUUAGGUACAAUAUGAUUUUUCUAUUAAAAAUAAACAAGCAAUUAAACAUAUUCUUUACACUUAGGAUGAUAAAAUACUUAUUUCAUGUUCUUAAGACAAUGUUAUUUCAUUUUGGGAGUAUCAAUAUAAAAAAGAAAAAUUAAUAUAAUCGAUUUAAAUAGACUAGAAUAUUGAAUCAAUAGUUGUCUCUCCUAAUAAUUUAGAUAUAGCAUUAGAAUUAUCAGGAGGUCUCAUAUAAAUCAUAACAAUUGAUAAAUAAAAAUGUUGGAAUUAAAAUUAAAAAGUAUUAGAAUAUUUAUUUUAUUAUAGUAUUUUGGUUUUUAUAAAUCAUAUCCAUAAUUACGAUAAUUCUUGACAUAGAAUUGCUUAGUAAAAAAUUCAAUCAUUCAAGAUUAAAACGGAAAUUCGUUGGUUCAUCAUUUAGGCGAAAAAAUGAAACAAGAAUUUGAAGCUUAAAAAAUACAAGAUGAAUAACAAUAUUGA